AUGUGUUUAAAACCAUUAGGAUUACGAUAUCCUUCCUGUAUUCUAGCUCGAAGUCACGGUUUCUAUCCCAUUAACAAAACCGCUAUCACACUCGAGGAUUUGGGUUUAUUUCACUAUCGUAGAGGAGAUGACAAUGGUGAAGGAACUUCUAAAAGAAAUAAGCAUAAUGUUACUUCACAAGUUCCACAGCCUUAUGAACCUAGCCAAAAACCAGAAGUUCCACAAGAACCACAACCUAAUGAACCUACUCAAAGAUUUUUAUUGAAAAACACAUUACCAUUUCGUGGUCAUGAUGAGUCGGAAAAUUCUAAAAAUAGAGGACUUUUCAUUAAAAUCUUAUCCUUGAUUAGAGAAGAUAAUGAGAGGAUUUUUAAUGUCACUUUAGAAAAUGCUCCAAAAAAUGAAAAGUUGACUUCUCCGACGAUUAAAAAAGGUAUUGCCAAUUGUUUUUCAAAAGAGAUAAUCAAAUCUAUUUGUGAUGAAAUUGAUAAAGAUGUGUUUGGUAUAUUAAUUGAUGAGUCCAAUGAUGUUUCUAAAAAAGAACAAACAACUAUAGUUUUGAGAUAUGUUGAUAGACCUCGGAUUGUAAAAGAAAGGUUUAUUGGAGUUGUUCAUGUGUUAGAUACAUUUUCUUUGACUCUUAAAGUCGCCAUCAAUUAUGUAUUUACCGGCAACAACUUGAGUAUGGCUCAGGUGAGGGGCAAGGUUAUGAUGGAGCAACUUCAGUUAGUGGUUGUGGCGGUAGCAAAGAAACAUGAUGAUGUUGAAGAAUUCUUUAAACAAUUAACUUUGGUGGUUACCGUGGUUUGUGGUUCUUGUAAGAGAAAAGAUAUGAUAUGGGAGAUUAAAAAUGUAAGAGUUAAAGCUGAAAUUGCUAUUGGUGAAACUGAAAACUGGAAGAGGACUGAAUCAAGAGAUUUCUCUUGCUUGAGCUGGAGAUACCAGAUGGGGUUCACAUUAUCAAACACUUGUAAGCUUGAUGAAUUUGUUUGCUGA